AUGACUGGCAAGAAGGAAUUGGUUUCAGAGAAUUUCAACAAGUCCAAAACGACUCCGAUUUCUCAUAGCCUGUUGAGCAGCGAGCGCACCAAAAGUAUCCCCGCGUCCGGGAAUUCGUCGCGAUGCACGGGCUUUGGGAUUCAAGAGAUCCUGGGACUGAAUAAAGAGCCGCCGGCGCCGACCGGGCUGAUCCCGGAUUCACUGCCGCCCAGCGCUCAGCUUGUGUCGGCCCGGAGCGUACUGACCCCCGCCGGGAUGGGUCUGGUCGGGGCGGCCGGACUGCCGGCUUUUUACGGGCAGUCGGCCUUCUUGGACGUGUUGUCGGAGCACCAGGGAGUCCACGCUGCCCUCCCGGUACACCUGCAGCCCCUGCGCCGAGGAGCCAUCCACCUGAACGCCAGUCACCAAAUGAGCUCAGAUUCCGAAGACAUUUCAUCGAGCGACAGGAAGAUCUCCAAAUCCAACCUGAGCCAGACGAAAAAGCGGAAGAAAAGACGUCACAGGACCAUCUUCACCUCUUACCAGUUGGAGGAGCUGGAAAAGGCGUUCAACGAAGCUCACUACCCUGAUGUCUAUGCCCGGGAAAUGCUGGCCAUGAAAACAGAACUGCCAGAGGAUAGAAUUCAGGUGUGGUUCCAGAACCGCCGGGCCAAGUGGAGGAAGCGUGAGAAGUGCUGGGGCCGCAGCAGUGUGAUGGCAGAGUACGGGCUGUACGGAGCCAUGGUGCGCCACUCCAUCCCUCUGCCUGAGUCUAUCCUCAAGUCGGCCAAGGAUGGCAUCAUGGAAUCCUGCGCUCCCUGGCUUCUCGUUCAAGAUGGCUUACCAAUGACCAGGCGAUUUUCUAAAACCGAGUACCAACAAUUCUUUCUAGGAAUGCACAAAAAGUCCCUGGAGGCAUCUGAAGUGGUGAGGAAAGUGGAGACAGAACACGGCAAUCAGGCCGGCCCAGAGGACGAGCAGCGGGAAGACAAGAGCAAGGAUUCCAAGGGAGCCAUUUCUAAGGAGGAGCUGAGGGAGAGCAGCAUAGCUACCCUCAGGGCAAAAGCACAGGAGCACAGUGCGAAAGUGUUAGGAACAGUUUGCGGUGACACGGAAGCCAAGAUGGCGCAGGAGGAGAAGCCCGCAGAGACGAAGAGCGAGCAGUCAAAAGCAACGCAAGACGAGAUCGCCACUGACAAGUUCUAAACUUUAUAUACAGACUAUUAGCUCUUUAUAUAUCUCUGCAGUCUUUCAUGAUGCUGUGCCCCUCCCAAAGACUGGUGGCAAAAGCGACUCAAGAUUGCUUUUGGUUUAAAGUGCAGGUUUUCCUCUGUUUUAUUUUAUCCUGAGGUUAUUCUUGGCAGACGUGUCUUUCUUAAACAAUUUGUUGUCUGUUGACUUGUAAUCUAUAAUGGCUCUUUGGGUGUCACACCAACAUGAAACCCUGGUGGCUUUUGGUAGGUUUAAUUUUCCAUUUAUCUCCAUGUGUUUUCAAAAUUCCCUCCUGGUUUUCAGCAUUCUUGCCACCUCCUUGUGUGAUCAAUGACCAUAUGGUAGAACAAUCUCACAGAGGGCACCUUAUGAAGAUAAUAUAAACACAAUAGGCCCAUUCAGUC